UGCCACCGGCGUAUAUAUAUUACUCCUGGGAUGCAAUGCCCCUGCUGCGGCCCAGGAUGGAGGCCCAAAUAGUACGUGCGGAAGAAGAGUGGCAUACAGUAUCCCGCCAUGCGGUUCCAACUCUCCGAGCUAGACCCCAAAUCCGAUGCUCUCUCCGAGUUCGUCACCUGCCAGGUUACCAGUUUUGGAGAACCAUUCCAGCCGAUUUACCGGUUCUUCUACCCUAUCUUUGGAGGUGAAUCUGAGGCACAGAAGCAAGAGGCGCUCACGAACCUUGUGCAACUGCACCGAGAGUGGGCUCGCGAGGACCCAGACUCUGUCUUCCUGCAGAUCAGGGACCGUGAUCGGGACAACCAGCUUGUUGCCGGCGUCUACUUCAAGGUCCACAGGCAGAACCCAUACGCGCGAGGAGGGAACGGAGACCCCGGCGGUGACGGCGAGGAAGAGCACGACCCGUCUGCUGCUCCGUGGUAUCCAGAGGGCCCUCGACGAGAGUAUAUCACGCGAUGUAUAGAGAUAUUCUCCGAGCCGCACAUGAAGCUUAUGCAGAAGCCGCAUGUUUAUAUAUUUGUCGGGUUCGUUUUACCCGAAUACCGCCAACUGGGUCUGGCAGACAUGCUCUUGGUCGAGGUUUGUCGACGGGCAGACGAGCUGGGGCUGGAGUCCUGGCUUGAAGCGGUUAUCGCAAUGGGGGUGACGAUCUACAGGCGCCACGGGUUUAUCCCCUAUAGCGGUGGUCUUCUGGUUCAGCCUGCUGCGACAGAAUUGGAGGCCCAGGAUGCAGAUUGGCAGGAUAUCGAGGCAAAGAUGCAGCCUCUGCGAUACUGGCCCAUGUGGCGGCCGCCUCGUGGAAAAAUAGAACUCGGGAAGACGAGCCCACCAUGGGGCGAGCCGAGUACAAAUAGGAGGUUUUUGGGCAGGCUAUGAUUUCCGAGGUGGCUAGGAAAUUUGCCUAUCCGGCAAUUGAAAACUACGUUGGUACCAAUCGCCUGUACAGCUACUGUCGUGCGUAUAAUUUGGCAUGCUAUUACCACGUGGGAUACUCCCCCCAUCCCGUUGAACCACGACAGUCCCGGGGCUGUUGUUUCCCCUUGAUCCAUCUGCCAUCCACUCAAUACUAUACCCGGUCCUCCGUCAUACAUGGCCACAUGGAAUCUGUUUUUGAGGCACACUGAUCUCACCUGCUAGAUCCCACCCUGCAUAGUGUGGGUCAGAUCAAUCACUGUCGUUGAUUUCCAAUAUCAACCGGCAGUAUAUAAUACGGCCAGAACUAAUUCAAAUACAGCAGGGGUCCUGAAGACAUCUUCGGCUGGUGUAGAGCAUAUUAGAACUACAACC